AUGGCUUCUUACAAGAAACCCCGUAUAAGAGAUGGAGCUGUUCGUCGCUUCCUUUUUGUAAUAUCCUUAACUAUAACCGGGGUUCUUUUGCUAUUCUUCCUCGUUGCGAUGAAUUAUUCAAACAGUGGGUUAUAUCAAGAAAACACAGUUGAAAUCGAUGUUACUAGUGGAGUAAUCUAUAACAUCUCUGGUUCGAUCGAGUCGAUCAAGCUUCCCAAACAUAAUUAUUUAUCAAAAAUGUUGGAGAAGAAGAACCAAUUACCCCCAAGAAACAUCGAUUUGUAUCCAAAUCUUGCCAAAGAUCGUAUCAUAAUCGUUCUCUACGUUCACAAUCGUCCCCAAUAUCUCAAAUUAGUUGUCGACAGCCUUUCUCAUGUGUCAGGCAUCAAUGAAACUUUAUUAAUCGUAAGCCACGAUGGAUACUUCGAAGAAAUGAACAAGAUUAUCGAAGGUAUCAAAUUUUGUCAAGUCAAACAAGUCUUCGCUCCUUUUUCACCUCAUAUUUUCCCCAACUAUUUCCCUGGUGUAUCCCCUAAUGAUUGCAAAGAAAAAGACGACCCCAUAGCCAAAAACUGUGAAGGAACUACUGAUCAAUACGGGAAUCACAGGUCACCAAAGAUUGUGUCUUUAAAACACCAUUGGUGGUGGAUGAUGAACACCAUAUGGGAUGGUCUUCAAGAGACAAUCAAUCAUUCGGGUGAUAUUCUUUUCAUAGAAGAAGAUCAUUUCAUUUUCCCAAAUGCUUAUAGAAAUUUGAAGAUGCUUACAGAUUUGAAAUCCUCAAAAUGUCCCGAUUGUUAUGCGGCGAAUCUUGCUCCAAGUAAUGUGAAGUCAAGAGGUGAAGGGUGGGAUACUUUGAUAGCAGAAAGAAUGGGGAACAUUGGGUACACAUUUAAUCGAACAGUUUGGAGGAGAAUACAUAGAAAAGCUAAAGAGUUUUGUUUUUUUGAUGAUUAUAAUUGGGAUAUAACAAUGUGGGUGACUGUUUAUCCUUCUUUUGGUGGUCCGGUUUACUCUAUGCGUGGGCCCCGGGCAAGUGCGGUUCAUUUUGGGAAAUGUGGGUUGCAUCAAGGUCAAGGGGAACAAGCUGCUUGUGUUGAUAAUGGUGUGGUGAAUAUUGAGGUUGAAGAGAUUGAUAAGGUGGUGAAUGUUAAACCAGAGUGGGGUGUUCAUGUUUUUCGUAAUCAAGAAGGGUAUCAAGCUGGAUUUAGAGGGUGGGGUGGGUGGGGGGAUAAAAGAGAUCAUCAAUUGUGUUUGGAUUUUGCUAAAAUGUAUCAUUUGAGGAUCAAAAAGUAG